AGUCGUAAAACUACAACUGACGUAGAAACAUUCAUGGUUGAUUACACUAUGAACGCUUAAAGAUUUUGUAAAUAGAACAGAAAAUAGAAAUAGUUGACCUUCUCUUCAUACGAUCGUGCAAUAAACUCGCGAGCAUAAGUGAAGACACUUGAAAUGAGUUAUGAUGAAAUUCUUCCACAUUUAUCACACGGAAAAUUUGGAAAAUAUCAGAAGAGAGUUUACAUCUUGUUGUGCUUCCCAAAUAUCUCGACAGCUUUCCAUAUUUUAUCCGGAAUUUCCAUUCUUGCCAUACCCGAUCAUCGAUGCAAGUUGGAUGGAGAAUUGUCAAAUUCAUCUUUUCAUUUACCUGCUGAUGUUUGGAAUUCUUCAUUUCCAUUUGAUAAAGAGAAAAAAGCAUAUUCGAAGUGUGAAUAUUUUAUUUCAGAUUCAAAUGAAUCUGUAAAAUGUUCCGAGUUCAUUUGGGAUUCAUCGAUAGUGAAGUCAUCAGCUGUUAAAUCAUUUUCAUUAGUUUGUGAUGAAAACGUAUUGAAAGCUGCGGGUGACUCGAUGGUCAUGUUGGGAAUUCUCAUUGGAAGUUAUAUUUUUGGCGAGUUAUCUGAUAAAUAUGGAAGACGACCAAUUUUGCUGUUUUCUUUACUGAUCCAAGUUGUGUUUGGAUUUCUUACCGCUUUAUCACCAGAAUUCAUUUCUUUCGCGAUUUGUCGAGUGAUUGUUGGAGGGUCGACUAUUGGCGUGUCGUUAGUUUCAUAUUGUUCGUGUCUUGAAAUGGUUGGUAAGCAAUAUCGACCGCAUGCUGGAACUGUCAUCAUGAUGUUCUUCUCGCUUGGCUACAUUUUACUCGGAUUGCUUGCAUAUUUCAUUCAUGACUGGAGAUGGCUUCAAGUGGCUUUGACCUUGCCUGGCAUACUUUUCUUAUCUUAUUGGUGGAUCAUUCCUGAAUCAACUCGAUGGCUUUUAGCAAACAAUCAAAAGGAAAAAGCAAUCGCACAGAUUGAGAAGAUCGCCAGAGUCAACAACUUGAAAGUUCCAAGAAGACUUUUAGAGAAAUUAGAAGCCGAACCUGAGACUUUUGAUAGCGGAAAGAAACAUUCAGUGUUCGAUUUAUUUAAGACACCAAAUCUGCGAACCAAAUCAAUUCUCAUAUUUUACAAUUGGUUUGCCAUUUCCGCUUGUUACUAUGGAUUGUCAUGGGGAUCAGGCAGCCUAGUAGGAAAUCAAAUUCUCAACUUUAUUCUCAGUGGUCUCGUGGAAAUUCCUGCUUAUUAUUUUCUGAUCUUGACACUCAAUCGAUGGGGACGAAAAUUAAUUAUGUCAGGCAGCAUGAUUUGUGCUGGUGCAGUUCUUUUACUUUCUCUUUUCAUUCCCGAGACGUGGACUUGGCUGGUUCUAACUUUAUCCAUGUUGGGAAAAAUGAGUAUCACUGCAAGUUUUGGCACAGUUUAUUUGUUCUCCACUGAACAGUUCCCGACAGUCAUCAGAAAUGCCGCACUUGGAGCUUGUAGCAUGUCGGCAAGAAUCGGAGGGAUUUCGGCUCCCUUUGUUAUUCAUCUGUCGCAAUCAUGGAAACCAGCACCUUUCGUCAUCUUCGGUGUAACUGCAUUCGUUGGCGGAGUUUUUUCAACAUUUUUACCAGAAACUCGUAACAGGGAACUUCCAGAAACACUCGAUGAUGCAGAGCGAAUUUAG